GAGCUGCGUGCACCUGAAGCUGCGUGAACGCGCCAAUCCAAACAUCUCUAUAUCAUUUUCCCCCUACAAACUGUCCUCCUCUUUGUCUUUUCCCCGCCUCGCGUUCAUUCCACCGAGAAGCAGCGGCGGAGUCCUCGCGUAUCCGACACGGAGAGCCCACUGGCGGGUGGAGUUCAGUGAUCAGUGCCAGCAUGCGGUGCCACAAGUUUUGGGGAGCAUGUUCGGUUGGAUUUUAUAUUUGGGCAGUCAUCCUUUUCAAAGGGUCCUUGCAGGGGGAGCACCAAAGGAGGCUGUAUAAGGAGCUUCUGGCCAACUACAAUCGAUUGGAGAGACCUGUGGUCAAUGAUUCAGCUGCUAUCCUGGUGGAGCUGGGCCUCACACUGCUGCAGAUUAUAGAUGUGGAUGAAAAGAACCAAGUUCUGAUGACCAAUGCAUGGCUGCAGCUGUACUGGACAGAUGUCUACCUGAGCUGGAAUCCAGAAAACUACCCUGGUGUUCAGAACCUUCGGUUUCCUUCUGACCAGAUCUGGACGCCUGACAUCCUCCUUUACAACAGUGCGGACGAGCGUUUUGACGCUACAUUUCACACCAACGUUCUGGUGAAUGCUUCAGGCCACUGUCAGUACAUCCCCCCUGGCAUCUUAAAGAGCACCUGUUACAUCGAUGUGCGUUGGUUCCCCUUUGAUGUGCAGAAGUGUGACUUGAAGUUUGGCUCAUGGACACACAACGGCUGGCUUCUGGACCUCCAGAUGCUUGAUGUGGACACAUCCACUUACAUACCCAAUGGGGAGUGGGAUCUUGUGGGUGUGCCAGCAAAGCGUAAUGAGCUGUAUUAUGACUGCUGUAAGGAGCCCUACCCUGAUGUGACGUUCACAGUCACCAUGCGCCGCAGGACUCUAUAUUAUGGACUAAAUCUACUCAUUCCCUGUGUGCUAAUCUCUGGCUUGGCCCUGCUGGUCUUCCUCUUACCUGCAGACUCUGGAGAAAAGAUCUCACUGGGCAUCACUGUGCUGCUUUCACUAACUGUCUUCAUGCUUCUGGUAGCAGAGAUCAUGCCCGCUACAUCCGACUCUGUGCCCCUUAUUGCUCAGUACUUUGCCAGCACCAUGAUGAUUGUGGGAAUGUCUGUGGUGGUGACCGUCAUAGUCCUGCAGUUCCACCAUCAUGAUCCUCAUGGAGGCAAGAUGCCUAAGUGGGUUCGGGUGGUUCUGUUGAACUGGUGUGCCUGGUUUCUCCGUAUGAAGCAACCUGGUGAUGAGCGCAAGAGGCCUCAUUACAAGUACCGUCACACCUCCCAACAUCACGCCAGCACCAGUUCAAUAGAGAUGGGCACAAUGCCAAGCCUCACAGUGCCUAUGUCUCAGACAUCAUGUCCACCUUGCCCAACAGGCACCUCCAAUGGUUCCAUGAAUCUCUACUUUGGCAAUUACCAUCCAAUGGAAAGCCCACACUGCCCACCUUCCAGCGACUCUGGGGUCACCCUUGGGGGACGUGCCCAUGGCUCCCUCAGCGAUGACACUGAGCUACCUGGUGGGGUUGGUGUUGGAGGUCUGGGAAUGGGAGUUGGAGCUGGGAUGGGAGUAAGCAUCCCUCCACCAGAGAUCCAGCGCAUCUUAGAGGAGGUGUCCUACAUAGCACAAAGGUUCCGGGACCAGGAUGAGGCUGAGGCCAUCUGCAGCGAGUGGAAGUUUGCAGCGGCUGUGGUAGACCGCCUGUGCCUGGUGGCCUUCUCACUUUUCUCCAUCAUUUGCACUUUCACCAUCUUGAUGUCAGCACCCAACUUCAUCGAGGCCGUUUCCAAGGACUUCACAUAACUUGUUGCUACAAAGUAGAGGGAAGGAAGACGGUGUACAUUAUCUGAGAUGAAGAGGAGGUUCAAAAAUAAAGUGGAGAAGGACCGUGGAGAGCACAGUGCAAAGGCCCUCACCAAAAGUCUGCUAUAUAUAGUAGUAUACAGUGUAAAAAUGUAAAUAAAACCCCAUAUUUAACUGAAAUGCUGAUCCAGAGAAAUGUUAGAGAAUUGCGAUGCUUAAAGAAGAA